AUGAUCAACAAUCAGAUAGGCAACAACACAUCAACGGAAAAUGCAAUUUCUUCGACAACUACCACCAACAAUCAACCUAAAAUUGCAACAUUAGAAGAACGAAUUGCUAUUAAUCAAUUAUUCAAAGAAAAAUUACAACAAUUAUCAAAUUUUAAUUCUUCUUCCGAUCGUGAUGAGGAGAGAAUUAAAUUAUUAAAUUUGGAAUUGAAAAUAAUUGCAAAGAAGUGUUCCGAAUCGAGUAAAUUACAUUUCAAUGAUCAGUUAUUAAGGGCAUGUUUAUUGAAAAAUUGUUUCGUAUUACCGUCAUUCGAAAUUUAUGGUGGAGUGAGUGGUUUGGUGGAUUUAGGUCCUUUGGGAUGCAAUUUGAAGAAUAAUGUGAUUGGAUUAUGGAGGAAACAUUUCGUAUUGGAGGAAGAAAUGAUGGAAAUGGAAACGAGCUCACUUGUACUUGAUGAAGUUUACAGAGCUUUUGGAUUCUUUUUUCCUUUUAAUGAAUUUAUUGUGAAAGAUAUGAAGACUGAUAAGAUCAUUCUUGCCACCAAAGUUAUUGAGGAUUUCAUACAGGAAAAGCUGGGCAACGAGGAUUUAUUAACAAGUGUUCAAAUCAAACAUUUCAGAGAAAUUCUUGCAAAUCUUCAUUCUUAUGAUGGUGGUGCCAUGAAUAAUAUUAUUAAGAGGUUUAGAAUUAGGAGUAUGGAUGGAAAUCAAAUUUCUGAAGUAUUUGAAUGGACGUUUGCGAUUAAAACACAAAUUGGAGUAACAGGUAGAACAAGUGUUUAUUUGAGACCUGAUCUCGAUCAAGGUGUUUACACAAAUAUUAAGCGGUUAUGGGAAUAUGGUGGAAAACGGUUACCCUUUUCAGUUGCACAGGUUGGGUCCAUUUUUGAUAAUUCUACAACUACUGGCCACUAUUCGAAACUGAGGGAAAAUUCAAGCGCAAAAAUAAUGCAUUUCUGCAAUGGAGCAAAGAAAAAUAAUUGUGAAAAGUACUCCAAGAAAGUCGAGCAAGUAAUUGUGAGAUUGCUUUUAGAUUCAAAUGAUGAAGAAACCAAGAUUUCGAUCAAAGAUGCUGCGGAACAAGAAUUCAUAGCUAACAAAUCAUUGGCUUACUAUCUUGCCAGAACACAAGAAUUCAUGGAGGAAUGUGGAUUUUUGAGUGAAGGAAUACGGUUUCGAAAACAAUUUUCAUAUAGAUUGGAGCAGUUGUGGACAUGUGAGGUGUUGACAACCAUUGGUUGGGUAGAGGUUGUUAAUGUUCAAUCCAAAGCAGGUUACGAUUUGCUGCAACAUUCUCAACAUUCUAACUCUGAUCUCUCUCUAUUUGAUUCAUUUGAUGAACCUCUUGAGGAGAGAGAAAUAGUUGUGGAGUUUUCACAUCAAAAGCUUGGAAAACGUUACAAGAAUGAUACCAAAAUACUGUUAGAGCACCUUAGUGGACUAUCUAAGGAGAAGAAAUCUCAAUAUCAAACAGAGUUGGAAACCAACCACAAAAUCUCACUUGAUAUCAAUGGAAAGAAUUUCCAAUUAUCCAAAGAUGAUAUUUCGUUUGUGGAAUGUGUGAAAAAAGUUUAUGGAGAAAAGAUUACUCCUCACAUCAUUGAUCUUUCAUUUUCUGUUAGUAGAAUAUUAUUGAGCUUAUUGGAACAUGUAUUUUGGACUCGAGAUGAGGAAAGGCCUAUUCUUUCUUUACCAAGUCAGUUGGCUCCAAUCAAGGUAUUACUGGUUUCUAACUGUAAAGUCAAAACUAAUGAGGAAAAGAUGGUACUAGAAAAGGUUACUAAAAUUAUAAGAACUCUUUCCAUUCCCUUCAAACAUGAUGAAAGUGCACACUCAAUUGGAAAGAAAUAUAAACGUGCUGAUGAAAUUGGAAUUCCUAUUGCCAUCACUAUUGAUGAAGAGAGUUUAUUGAAUGCAACUGUGACUAUCCGAUUCAGAGAUACCUGUUUGCAAGAACGAGUUGAACUAUCAGUGCUGCAUCAAGUCCUUUUUGGACUGAUUAUGAUGCAAAGAGAAAUAUUGUAG